CUUAGACUUUUCAGGAUAUGCUUCAUAACCAAUUAUUAUGCCUUACAGAACUACUUGACUUUAUGCAGGUUAGUACUGAUCCAGCUAGCUGUAACACUCAAGCUUCUGAUACAGUUGCUUCUACUGUUCCAUUGAAUGCCAAUCCAGCGAUUCUUUCUACUGUGCAGAGUGAAAAACAGGUACAUUGUCCUUAAUUCCCUUUUUCUGUUUGUGUUUGCAUGAUAUGCUUCAUAAUCAAGUACUAUGCCUUACAGAACUACUUGACUUUUGCAGAGUCUUCUAUUUGAAGGUGUUUCUACAGUUCCUGUGAAUGCUCUUCCGGAUUUUAGUACUGAUUCAGCUAGCUGUAACAUUCAAGCUUCUGAUACAUUUGCUUCUACUGUUCCAUUGAAUGCCAAUCCAGUGAUUCUUUCUACUGUGCAGAGUGAAAAACAGAGUGUUCUAUAUGAAGGUGUUUCUACAGUUCCUCUGAAUGCUCUUCCGGAUUUUAGCCCUGUCCAUAUUGGACUUUCACCAAACACGAGAGUAGCUGGCGAUAUUAAGGUGAAUAGCUAUUUUAAGACAAAGAGAGAGUUGAUGUUGAGGAUGAAGAAAUGGGCUUUAGAGUGGAAGUUUGAGUACAAGACUGUCUCUUCUAACAAGUCAAGAGUGCUUUUGAGUUGUGUUGAUGAAAAUUGCACGUGGAGGAUGCGUGCUAUCAAGCUACCUGUUUCAGAUUUUUUCGUUGUUAAAAAGUAUGUUCAUGAGCAUACAUGCGAUACAACACACAGGAAAGCCAACCACAGACAAGCAUCUGCAAAGUUGUUGGGUUCUUUGAUUUCCAGCAAUUAUGGAGAAAAAAGGAAGGUCUCAAACCGAAACAGAUCAUUGAACAGGUCAGGAUGCUGCAUGGUGUUCACAUCAAUUACAAACAAGCUUGGAGAGUGAGAGAAGAAGCUCAGAUUUUGGUUAGAGGGACUCCUGAAGACAGCUAUUACAAUUUGUCUAGGUGGUUGUAUAAAAUCACAGAAACAAACCCUGGUUCCUUGACUUAUCAACAUGUUGAUGCUGCAGGAAAGUUCAAGUAUGCAUUUGUGGCUUUUGGUCCAUCGAUAAGGGGAUUUUCAUUGAUGAGGAGAGUUAUUGCAGUAGAUGGUACAUUUCUGAAGGGAAAAUUCAAUGGGACUUUAUUGGCAGCUUGUGCUCAAGAUGGGAAUUAUCAUCUAUAUCCUCUCGCCUUUGCAGUGGUUGACGCAGAAAACGGCGCCUCUUGGAAAUGGUUCUUUAGAGGUUUGAGCCAGAAGAUCCCGGACGCUUCGGAUCUUGUUUUUGUAUCAGACAGGGCUAACUCCAUUUCUUCAGCGUUGGAGGAUGUAUAUCCCUUAUCUCACCAUGGAAUUUGCAGGAUCCAUCUGCUCCGCAACAUCACUCCUACAUAUGCGAAGACUGGGUUGCUACCUCUGGUGGAAAGCGCUGCUGAUGCCUAUACGUGUCACGAGUUCUGGUUAAUCUUCAAGGACAUAAAGGAUAAAUGUCCUGAAUUGGCUAAGUAUCUGGAAGAGUCUGAUUUUAGGAAGUGGGCACGAAGCUAUGCGCCUGCGAACAGGUAUAAUAUCAUGACUACCAACAUUGCAGAGUCUCUCAAUUCUAUGUUGAAGAUGCCUCGUGAGUUGCCCAUUAUCUCUCUCCUUGAAACUAUCAGAUUGACGAUGACCACUUGGUUUUUUGAGCGACGCGAAGCGGCUGCGAAACAUAAGCACCUGGUUACUCCAAAAGUUGUUCAGAAAUUGGUAUCUAGGUUAGGGGCCGCAAUGUUGUUGAAUGUGUAUCAAGUUGAUCGAAGCGAGUUUGAGGUGAAGAAUGAAACAAUGAAGUUUGUUGUUGACUUGGAGAAGCGGCAUUGCACAUGUAAUGUUUUCGACAUUGACAAGAUCCCCUGCAUCCAUGCCAUCGCUGCUGCUAAGCAUAUCAAGAGAGAUGAAAACCGUUUUGUUGAUGCUUCUCACUUGACAGAAACGUGGGCUAAAGCUUAUGCUGAAAGCAUACAUCCUGGUGGAGAGUUGUCAACGUCCACCUAUCCAGAGAAUAUUGAUGAACUGUCUUGCCCACCUCCAGCUACCAAAAAGAAAAGUGGACGCCCUCCUACAAAGAGAAAGAGAUCCGUUGGCGAGUUUGGGGUUCCUGGAUCUAAAUCUCAGUCCCACAAGUGCAGCAGAUGUGGCACAGGAGGGCACAACAAGAUCACAUGCCAGAGGCCUAUAGGAUGAAGUUCUACAUUUUUACA